UUUGAAUGUCGGGCGACAGUUAGUGCCGAGUCGCCUCUUGCGGGUUGCGCGCACCAUCUGGAUUGUUCCCGAGAAGUUUCUCGAAUGAGCGGCGGGCGGCAGCGUACACUGUUUCAGAGCUGGGGCAACACAGCGCCCCGACCUCGGUUCCAGUCUCAGUCCCAGGGUGGGAGGAGCGCUGAGAUCGGGCCUGCGGUAACUCCGGCGCCGGAGGAUGGCUUCCAGGACGGGGAGGAUGACGAUGUGCUGCUGGUGGCGGUGUUUGAGGCUGAGCGAUCCUUAGGCAGCCCUAAGCCGGGUUCGGAGAGCCUGCCGCCCGCCUCCUUUCCUGGCUUCGACCUGUCCUCUGGCGAUGUGUGGAUUUACCCGAGUAACUACCCCCUCCGGCCCUACCAGUUCGACAUGGCCCGGGCGGCCCUUUUCCAGAACACCCUGGUGUGUCUGCCCACUGGCCUGGGCAAGACCUUCAUCGCGGCCGUGGUCAUGUACAACUUUUACCGCUGGUAUCCCUCAGGGAAGAUUGUGUUCAUGGCCCCGACCAAACCCCUGGUCGCCCAGCAAAUCGAAGCUUGUUACAAGGUCAUGGGUAUCCCGCAGGACCACAUGACAGAGAUGACAGGUAAGACACAGGCGUCGAAUCGGCAGAAUAUUUGGAAUGCCAAACGAGUUGUCUUCCUUACACCUCAAGUUAUGAUGAAUGAUCUUUCUCGUGAAGCUUGUCCAGCUGCUGAUGUGAAGUGUUUGGUUGUUGAUGAAGCUCACAAGGCACUAGGAAAUCAUGCUUACUGCCAGGUUGUUCGAGAGCUGUGUAAUUAUACACAUCAGUUCCGUGUUCUUGCUUUGACUGCAACGCCAGGUAGUGACGUAAAGGCUGUACAACAAGUCCUUUCAAACCUGAUGAUUUCGCAUCUUGAGGUUAGGUCUGAAAAUUCCCUGGACCUCCAGCCUUACUCUCACCACAGACAAGUGGAGAAGUUUGUUGUUCCUCUGGGUAAUGAGCUGAUUGCUAUCCAGUCUUUAUACCUACAGGUCCCCAACAUCACUUAGACUUCAGCAAAUUCAGUUAGCUCCACGUGAUAUCAAGAAAUGGUUGGAGGCACUGGAUAGUGCAAAGGUUAUGGGCCCUGACAACGUUCUGGCAAUACUACUGAAAAUUUAUGGUCCAGAACUUGUUGCUCCCCUCGCCAAGCUCUUCCAGCACGGUUAGAACACUGGUAUCUGUCUGACAAUGUGGAAAAUUUUCCAGAUAUGUCCUAUACACACAAAUCAGGACAAAUCCAACACUGCCAAUU